AUGAGUUAUUUCCGCACUGAGUAUCGCAAGUUCCUUGCGGACCCUAAAUCCGCCAAUGUCGCCGCCAAUAUCUCGUUGAUCUAUGUCACCUCAACCACCAAAUUCGAGGGCAGUGAUUCGGUACUGACCCAUCUGUCGCGCCAAUCGUCCAUUGUCAAGAAAAAGGCAGAGGAUAUCAUCAAUGCGAUUGAAUCUUCGGAUUCAUUGGUGUUAGAUAUCGAGACAACACUCGAGUUCCUCGAGAACGGUGGGGCUUAUCUCCCCUCGUUGAGUGAGGACUACCUGGCCGACCGCGUCGUGACCAUCCCCACGCUCCACAUCGUCCGCUGGAACGCCCAACAUGAGAUUCAACAGGUCCGCAUCUACUGGGACCAGGGCUCGCUCUUGAAGGAGGUGGAAAUGAUCGGCGCGCGCAGUCGACACUGGCCCAUUCGCAGCGGCUUAGAGCAUAUCCGUUUGUUGCGAUCGGCUGCGAAUGCGCAACCAGCUCCGUCUUUGCCUCCAUCCCAGGGUGACUUUAAGGAACCUCCCGCGCGACCUGGCUCCCCCGGCAAGCGACACAUCAGGGACCCCUAUGGCGCUGGCUCCCUUGCCAACCUCCUCUCCCCCGGUAAGGACACGGACGAGAACGAACGUCCUCCGCGACCAUCCUCCCCCGGCAAGAAACACACCAGAGAUCCUUAUGGGGCUGGCUCCUUGUCCGAGCUUCUGUCGCCUAGCAAGGCCCCCGCUGCCCGCGUCCUCCCUUAUGCGCCAUCAUCUGCGAAACCCCCCGCGCGCAACCUGUCCGAUAUUUUCAUUGACGAGGAGGCUCCUCCCACACCCUCGAAGGCCGAGCGAGUGAUUGCGCCCAAGGGCGGUCCUCGCAAACCCCGAGACGAAGAUAAUCUGGACCAAGACCGCGCCCCAUACAGGAGCAACCCUAAGAGGUUCAACCACUUCGAGAUUGGUGGUGACAACGCUGAUCUGGAGGUUCCCGAGAGAGGGCCCAAGGGCAGUGUUGGCAACCCCCAGGAGAGCCGAGAUGAUCUCAAUCUGGACCAAACCCGUGCUCCAUAUAAGAGCAACCCCACGAGGUUCAACCACUUCGAGAUUGGUGCCGCUGACGCCGAUUUGGAGAAGCCCGAGGAGCCCAAGCGUGUAAAGCCGCGCAACCAGCCCCAGUGGGAUUUCGGUGACGUUGCCACUCCGCAAAAGGCCCCCCCUGUCCCUGUUGGACUCAGCGAGCAAGACCGCAACUUUGGCUGCAGUGACGAGGCGAGUGCACCGACACCGCCCGUCCGCCAACAUGUGAACAAGCCCCGUCGAGACGCGGAUGUGCACUUCCAGAUGAACGAGGACGCCGAAGAGGAUGAUGGCCGCAUUAUCAGCUCCUACCAGAGCCGCGGCCAGGGUCUGUACGAAAACCGCCUAUUCGACGGAGGCGAACAAGAGUCUAAGGGCUCGGCGCCCUUGUCGCAGCUGAGCAACAACUCAAACAGACAGAAGAGCUCCGACGUGCACUGGGCGAUGGGUGAUAUCUCCCCUGCUGUCUCCAACAAAGACAAUAAGAAGGUCUCCGUUCCCGAGGAUCGUCUUAAGUCGGUUAAAAUGAUGGAGUCUUCAUGGGAUAAUUAUGAUAAAUCUCCUGAGCCCGUUCGCACCGCGACAUCACUGCGCAACCCCAGCCGCCACAACCAGCCGUCCUGGACCCUUGGCGCUGACGAGUAG